CUAAAGUUUCAAGCGCUGCUGUCUGUGCAAUCUGUUAAGAAAUAAGCUCCAGGAUGCCGCCGUUCAGACAAUGGGGAGAGUUAUUCCCCGGCUGGAAAAUACCGACUGAUAGCGCCGACUUUCACUACAGACUAAUCAGCAACCUACUUUAUUACCAGACUAAUUAUCUGGUUCUCAGUACUGCUGUUUACAUCAUUGCAGGGUUCAAGGACCCGGUGGGAGUGGGCACCGGCACCGCCGUAAUGUUGGCCGUUUUUCUGCUCUCAGCUUAUGUCAGAGAACUGCCACCUCUUGUCGGCUUGAAGAGAUGGAGUCCCUUAACGUUUUUGAUAAUCGACAUUAUAGUCGUUCACUUUGUGGCUAAAGCGUUUGUAAGUGUCAGGACAUUUUCGUCAGCAACCGCUAUAUCCCUGGCCGUGACUGUUUCACAUGCUUCCCUUUGCAACCGCAAUGUGAACAAGGUGGCGUGCAUUAAAGAAGCUCAGGAGCUGAAGGGAACACCGAUGGGCUUUUUGCUAAGGGCUCGCGGGAAACAAAUGGAAACGAACAACUGAAGGAGACAGAAUGAUUGAAAAACGCAUUUCUUUUCCCCCAGACAAAACAAAAAUGCUUCCUCUGUGCUUAUUAACCUUUGUAAGGUUUCUCUCUUGAUAUUAAGGAACCGACUGUAACUGACAAACUUUGCUAAUGAAUGUUUUCCACGGCUCUGAGGAGCGUCUCUCUGUCCUGCACUAAAUCUGUUGUGUGCACCACAGCUACAGGCUUCUUGGUUAAUAAAUCUACUUUAAUCUGUACAUGUCGGUGCUUGAGGCUGACCUGUCUUGACGUUACAAUGUGUUGCAAUUCUUUUGAAACACUUUUAGAAAAUACUAGCUUAAGAUUUAUUCAUGACGUAAAGGCUUGAUAUCUCGUCUUACACAUAUUCCUUUUAAAUUCUAUCAUUAGCAAUUGAAUCAACGCAGAACACUAAAAUGCCUCACUUUAUGAGAUGAUAUUUUGGUUUAUUUUUGAUCCCUCUGCCUUUUUCAAAGACUUUCCUUUUUAAAUGUGAAGAUUUGUUGGCAAAUUGGAGGAAUUCCACUCACAUGUUCUAAAAUGAUCACGUUUUGAUAUUGAAUUAUUGUUCAACAAGGGUCUGAGAGGUGAAGUGCCACUAGAAGAAAACAAUAAUGACAAGUGAUCUAGAAAGGUUUAACAAAAGAAUUGCUCACCACACUUUCUAAAUCAACCUCAACUCUUUUAAGGUGUGUCUCUGUCAGCUUUAGAUAUACAGAGAUGAAAAGUUUUGGACAUAAUUGUCCAAAUAUCUUAAAUUCAACCAGAUUGGAUGGAGACUUCCAGAUUAUCAGUUCGAUUUAGGUUUGGACUUUGUGCCAGCAUAAUAUUCCCAUAACCAUAUUUCAUCAUGGCGCAUUCAGAGUUACUGUUGUGAUUGUCUGUAACACAUAUUCUCUUGCAUGCUGGCCGAAAUGUUUAGUUUUGGUCCCAUCUAACCAAAGGACCUUCUUGUUUGCAUCUAGAGCAUUUGACCAGACCUCGACUUUUCCUGCUGUGUUCUUUGGUUUUGAUGCUGUUUGUAACUAAGGUUACUAAAAGAAAACUCAACAGUGUCCUUUAAUACGCUAUAAAGGUGAUAGGGAUGGAGCUAUUUUUAAGAAAAUGAACAAGAUCUUUUCUUAUUUUUCUCUCCAAGAUCUGCUUUAACACGUUCAUGUGGUCUUAAAACUGUCUGCUUCAUAAAUAAAGAACAUAAAAAUAUAAA